CAGCCUGGCACUGGCGGCUAAAAGCGUGCUCCGCGUCAUCGCUAUUCGCAAACAGACAGCAUACGGAACACCAUUUUUACGUACUUGUUUCGUUGCCUCGCCUGGAAACGCAGAACAACCGACUCAGCAACGUACAGAGCAGCAGGAGAGCAAGAGCACAAGUUACAGCGCUGCAUAGCCAGCACGCCAGUCGCAGCGAUGGCCAGAGCACUGGUGCUAUUAGUCAGCACAGCCAGCGCUCUCAGUCUUAGCAGUCUGCAAGGCGUCGACGCUCCGAAAUUGAAAAUAGGCGACAACGCGCUAGGCGUCCGCGGCCUCAUCGCGACCGACACCAUAAAACAAGGCGAACAGCUCAUCGCGGCGCCUAGAGCAUCCGCUCUAGAGACCACGAGCCUCGAGGCAAAAAACGCCCCCCGCGAACUGAAACGCGCGGGCUAUUGUGAUGAUGCAAGAUGGCAGCAAGCGGGCUGGCAGGGGCGCCUCGCGCUGCGGCUGCUGAAGGCGCGCAAGGACGAAGCGGAACUAAGCGGCUGGUUCGCCGCGCUGCCCGCGUCGUACGACGAGCUCCCGGUCGUCAGUUGGACCGACGCCGACCUGAACGACUGCGCGUACGCCCCCUUAAGGGAGGUCGUAUCAGAGCAGAAGAAGCGUUGGAAGAAGGCCGAGGACGCGCUCUUACCUUCGAGUUCUUUCACGCAGAAGGAUUUGCGGUGGGCGCUCGCGACGGUGCUGACGCGGUCGUUCAGCGGGCCGCUGGAGGCGUCGUCGCCGACGCAGCGGCUGGCGACGGUGGGCUUCGCGGCGUGGUUGGCUGGUGGGUAUGUGGUCGGUGGCUACGGGCCCUGGGAGACGGCCCUCCAGGGGUUCCUCGCCGUCGCCCUCGCGACGCUGCUGAGCGACUACUUCGUCGCGAAGAACGACGAUUUGAAUCUAGAAAGGCACGUGUUGGCGCCGGGCGUGGACUUUCUGAACCACGCGGGCGUCGUCGAGGGCGGCGCGUCCUACGAGUACUUCGGGGACCAGUUCGCCGUGCGCGCGCACGACGAUUUGCGACAGGGCGACGAGGCCUUCGCGUCCUACGGUGCGAAAUCCAACGCCUUGCUGCUGGCGAAUUAUGGGUUUGUGGAGAAAGACAACCCGCAUGACGACUACGUGUUCCCGGCGCAGUACCCGUUCCCUCCGUUACGGGGCGCGCGCGUGACGCGGACGGGCUUCGACGAGACCGUGGCGAAGGCUGCCGUGAGCUACAGUGGGAGUCAGGAAGCAGCGCGCGAGAACCUCGCGAAGGCGUGUCGCUCGCAGGCCGCCGCGCUGGAAAGCGCGGAGGGGCCCCUCGCGGAAUUAUCAAGGGAGCACGCGAAGGUGUUGUCCGCGCUAGCUGUUGUGACGGAGGCGAGCGGGGGGGGGCUGUAGUAGUCUUGGGUAG